AUGCAACCGAGCGGUGACAUCAAUUUGCCAUUGUCGUUACUUCAAAUUAAAAGGGGGGAAGAAGGUCUGCGCUCAACCAAUCUUGUACAAUCUUUUGAAAAUAGAAAUCCCAAGUCGGAGUCGGAGGUGAAUAAGGGAAUUUUCAUGUUGCAAAGGCCUAUAAGGGGUAGGGCAGGGCGUGUGCUACCAGGGGAAUGUUUCCACCUUUACCCUCGAUGUGUUUAUGAUGCUUUUUCUGAAUAUCAACUACCCGAGCUUUUACGAACUCCUUUAAAUUCUCUUUGUUUUCAAAUAAAAAGUUUGGAAGUUGGAAGUAUUGGAGAGUUUUUAUCAGCUGCAUUGCAGCCUCCAGAGCCAUUAGUUGUCCAAAAUGAUGUGGAUUUUUUGAAGAUGAUUGGAGCAUUAGAUGAAAUUGAAAAUCUUACACAUCUUGGUAAAUAUCUGGCAAUACUUCCAUUGGAUCCGAAAUUAGGGAAAAUGCUGAUUAUGGGUGCUUUUUUUCGUUGCUUUGAUCCUAUUCUUACAAUUGUUGUUGGACUUAGUGUCAGGGAUCCUUUUCUUUUGCCUCAAGAGAAGAAAGACCAAGCUAGUACAACAAAAUCAAGAUUUUCUGCAAAAGAUUAUAGUGAUCAUAUGGCACUUGUGCGUGCAUAUGAAGGAUGGAAAGAAGCUGAAAGAGAAGGAUCUGCUUAUGAAUAUUGCUGGAGGAAUUUCCUUUCUGCUCAAACACUUAAAGCUAUACAUUCUUUAAGGAAUCAGUUUAUCCAUAUUUUGAAAGAUGCUCAAUUACUUGAGACUAAAUCAGGGAUUAACAACAGAUUGAGUCAUAAUCAAUCAUUGGUUAGAGCCAUUAUAUGCUCAGGCCUUUUUCCUGGCAUUGCAUCUGUAGUUCAUAGGGAGACAUCAAUGUCCUUCAAAACUAUGGAUGAUGGCCAAGUCUUACUCUAUGCAGUCGGUGGUGGCGAAGUUCAAUACCAUGGUGAGGUUGCAAGGCUUAAAGUUGCCAUGAAGAUUGUCAAAGGAUAA